AUGUCCUACACAAAGUUUCUAGCGCCACUUGCUCGGGCAAAGUCGGGCAGCAUCAACAAAAUUCGCGUUUCACCUUCAAGUUAUCGGUCAACUGUGGCAUCCACGAAGAGCCAGGAAGAGAAGCAGCAGCGGCAGCUGGAGGGCUGCCCUGUGGUGGAAGCUGUCCCUGUUGAACUUAUCAGCCAGACCAAAAACGCCAAAGACGUGCGCCUCAACAGGAUUCACAUCGACUUCGACAACACCGAGGAGGCAUAUAAAAGUAAGAACAACAUCGAGCUGCUGAGAAGUCUGCUUGUCUUCAAUCUAUGCACCAUUGACUUCCUUGUUGAGAAGAAUAAAGAGCUAAUGGAGCUGAGCAAGAAGCUGCUGGGUCAACGGAUGUUUGAGAAGAUGAUGAAGAUGACCUUCUAUGGUCAGUUUGUGGCAGGGGAAGAUCAUAACUCCAUCAAACCUUUAAUACACAAGAACCAGGCUUUCGGUGUGGGCGCUGUACUGGACUACAGUGUGGAAGAAGAUCUGACACAAGAGGAGGCAGAGAAGAAAGAAAUGGAGUCCUGUGUUUCUGAGGCAGAGAAGGACAGCUCUGGCGCAGAUCACCGUGAGAAGAAAUACAAGGCCCAUCGGCGGUUUGGGGACAGACGUGGAGGUGUCAUCAGUGCUCGCACCUACUUUUAUGCUGACGAGGCCAAAUGUGACAAUCAAAUGGAGACCUUUAUAAACUGUAUUAAAGCAUCGGGCGGAGCUUCAACUGAUGGGUUCUCUGCUAUCAAAAUGACUGCACUUGGACGUCCACAGUUCCUCCUUCAGUUUUCAGAGGUCCUGGUUAAAUGGAGGAAAUUCUUUAACUUCCUCGCUGCACAACAAGGAAAAUCAGACAUGUCUGCUCUGGAGAAGACACUGGAACUGGAGCAGCUCAAGGAAAGUUUGACUCAGAUGGGUGUUGGAGCCAAAGAUGACAUUGAAAACUGGUUCACUGGGGAGAAGCUAGGUUUGUCAGGAACAAUCGACUUGCUGGACUGGAACAGUUUGAUAAAUGACACAACAAAAAUGUCCAAUCUGCUCAUGGUGCCAAAUCUUGAGACAGGUCAGCUGGAAUCUUUGUCAAGCAAAUUUACAGCUGAAGAGGAGAGCCAGAUGAAGAGAAUGCUGCAGAGAGUCGACAUUCUGGCAAAGCAUGCUUUGGAAAAUGGGGUGAGGCUCAUGGUGGAUGCAGAACAGACAUACUUCCAACCAGCAAUCAGUCGACUCACCCUGGAGAUGCAGAGGAAGUUCAACAGAGAAAAGCCAGUGAUUUUCAACACCUAUCAAUGUUAUCUUAAGGAAGCCUACGACAACGUGACCCUGGAUGUUGAGCUGUCCCGAAGAGAGGGCUGGUACUUUGGUGCCAAACUUGUCCGUGGAGCUUAUAUGUACCAAGAGAGAGCCAGGGCCGAGGAGAUUGGCUAUGAAGACCCUAUAAACCCAGAUUAUGAAGCAACAAACAGGAUGUAUCAUAAGUGUUUGGAGUAUGUUUUGGAGGAGAUUGAGCAUAACAGGAAAGCAAAUGUGAUGGUUGCUACACACAAUGAAGACACAGUGAAGUUCACUCUUGACAAGAUGAAUGAAAUGGGUCUUUCACCCUCUGAGAAUAAAGUUUACUUCGGACAGCUGCUCGGCAUGUGUGACCAGAUCAGCUUCCCGCUAGGUCAAGCUGGUUUCCCAGUGUACAAGUACGUCCCAUACGGUCCUGUCAAUGAGGUGAUCCCCUAUCUGUCUCGGCGUGCACAAGAAAACCGCGGCUUCAUGAAAGGAUCUCAGAGAGAGCGUAGCCUGCUGUGGAACGAGCUGAGGCGCAGGAUUCUGGGUGGCCAGAUCUUUUACAAGCCUGUCUACUGAAAACAUAAAGACUUUCAAAUCUGUAUACAUUCCAAACAUAAUAUUUUCUUAGGAGGUUAAUCUGCUAUUUAGGGUUUCUCAGUUACACUGUAGAGAGGAAAAGUUGUAGUGUUACUAAAAGCUGCUUCAGGUGAGAGAUGUUAGAGAGAAUUAUUUUUGCUAUAUUAUAAAGAACUGUGUAACAUAUUUUAUUAUACAUAGCCUG